AACACCCCAACGUCAUCAGGGCGCGCCCUCGCUUUUCCCCUCCCAUCUCCUCGGCUCCGUGGACGUGUUCGCUUCUUCUCCGGACCGGGUCUAUGUCCCGGUUUCCCGCCGUCGCGGGCAGGGCGCCAAGGCGGCAGGAGGAGGGCGAGCGGCCAGUAGAGCUCCAGGAAGAGCGGCCGUCAGCUGUUCGCAUCGCUGACAGAGAAGAGAAAGGAUGCACAUCACAGGAGGGAGGAACAACUCCAACGUUUCCUAUUCAGAAACAAAGAAAAAAGCUCAUUCAAGCUGUGAGGGACAAUUCGUUCCUCAUCGUUACUGGAAAUACAGGAAGUGGUAAAACAACUCAACUCCCUAAAUACCUUUAUGAAGCAGGGUUUUCACAGCAUGGUAUGAUUGGUGUAACUCAGCCACGGAAAGUCGCUGCCAUAUCAGUUGCUCAGAGGGUUGCUGAAGAAAUGAAAUGCACUUUGGGAUCUAAAGUUGGAUACCAAGUUCGUUUUGAUGAUUGCAGCUCCAAGGAAACAGCAAUCAAAUACAUGACUGAUGGGUGUUUACUCAAACAUAUUUUGGGAGAUCCAAAUCUUAACAAAUUCAGUGUCAUUAUUUUGGAUGAAGCCCAUGAAAGAACUUUAACUACAGAUAUCUUAUUUGGUUUACUGAAGAAGCUGUUUCAGGAUAAGUCUCCUAACAGGAAAGAACAUUUAAAGGUGGUGGUGAUGUCAGCAACUAUGGAGCUAGCCAAGCUCUCUGCAUUCUUUGGAAAUUGCCCCAUAUUUGAUAUACCUGGAAGACUCUAUCCAGUCAGAGAGAAAUUCUGCAAUUUGAUUGGCCCACGAGACAGAGAAAAUACUGCAUAUAUUCAAGCGAUUGUGAAAGUGACCAUGGAUAUUCAUUUGAAUGAAAUGGCUGGAGACAUCUUAGUUUUUCUGACUGGCCAGUUUGAGAUAGAGAAGAGCUGUGAGCUGCUUUUUCAGAUGGCGGAGUCUGUUGACUAUGAUUACGAUGUGCAAGACACCACGCUCGAUGGCUUGUUGAUCCUGCCCUGUUAUGGCUCUAUGACAACAGAUCAACAAAGGAGAAUAUUUUUGCCACCUCCACCUGGAAUUAGAAAAUGUGUUAUAUCCACCAAUAUUUCUGCAACAUCUUUGACAAUAGAUGGGAUCAGGUAUGUGGUGGAUGGAGGCUUUGUGAAACAAUUAAAUCACAAUCCGAGGUUAGGGCUGGACAUCCUGGAGGUGGUUCCUAUAUCAAAAAGUGAAGCAUUACAGCGAAGUGGCCGAGCUGGCAGGACUGCCUCAGGAAAAUGCUUUAGGAUUUAUAGUAAAGAUUUUUGGAACCAGUGUAUGCCUGAUCAUGUGAUCCCAGAGAUUAAGAGAACUAGUUUGACAUCUGUAGUUCUGACAUUAAAGUGCCUUGCCAUACAUGAUGUCAUAAGGUUUCCAUAUUUGGAUCCACCUAAUGAGAGACUUAUUUUGGAAGCACUUAAACAGCUUUACCAGUGUGAUGCUAUUGACAGGAGUGGUCAUGUGACAAGAUUGGGUUUAUCCAUGGUGGAGUUCCCUCUUCCCCCACAUCUGACGUGUGCAGUGAUCAGGGCUGCUUCUCUUGAUUGUGAAGAUUUGCUGCUUCCAAUAGCAGCAAUGCUAUCUGUGGAAAAUGUCUUCAUCAGACCUGUUGAUCCAGAGUAUCAGAAGGAAGCAGAACAGAAACAUCGGGAAUUGGCAGCAAAAGCUGGAGGAUUUAAUGACUUUGCAACUUUAGCCGUCAUUUUUGAACAGUGCAAAUCAAGUGGAGCUCCAGCUUCGUGGUGCCAAAAGCACUGGAUUCACUGGCGGUGCUUAUUUUCUGCGUUCCGUGUGGAAGCUCAACUUCGGGAACUGAUCAGGAAACUCAAACAGCAAAGUGAUUUCCCAAGAGAGACUUUUGAAGGCCCUAAACAUGAAGUACUACGAAGAUGUCUUUGUGCAGGCUACUUCAAAAAUGUUGCUCGAAGAUCUGUUGGCAGAACAUUUUGUACAAUGGAUGGGCGUGGAAGUCCAGUUCAUAUUCAUCCUUCCUCAGCACUUCAUGAACAGGAAACGAAACUUGAAUGGAUAAUUUUUCAUGAAGUAUUAGUUACCACCAAAGUCUAUGCAAGAAUUGUGUGUCCAAUCCGUUAUGAAUGGGUGAGAGACUUACUACCCAAGUUGCAUGAACUUAAUGCACAUGAUCUGAGCAGUGUGGCUAGACGUGAAAUGAGAGACGAUGCAAGAAGAAAAUGGACAAAUAAGGAAAAUGUGAAACAGCUAAAGGAUGGAAUAUCAAAAGAAGUUUUAAAGAAAAUGCAAAGAAGAAAUGAUGACAAAUCCAUAUCAGAUGCGCGGGCUCGUUUCCUUGAGAGAAAGCAACAGAGAAUCCAGGACCACAGUGACACAUUAAAGGAAACAGGCUAAGCAGUGGAUUGUCCAAUUCAGGAAGCAGGAAAGCAGCCAGGAAAUGUGCUUCUGUUUUGCCAGUUAUUUCAGACAGUACUAUCAAAAGGAAGUGGUCAGCAGCUGUUCAUAGCCUGUGAGCCGAAAGCAAAUAAAUCACGUCUCGUCAAUACUAACAAAUGACAUUUUGAAAGAAAAGAUUGGGUUGCAUAGUCAUAGUACAUGAAACCAAUGAAAGAUGAUACAAUAUUUUCCUCACUUCUGUUUUGCUGGCCUUAACUGGUAUCAAACAGUGUCACGAGAUAUUUUCAAAGAACACUGAAUUGUAUUUAAUCAGCGUGUAUUCCAUUUGCAUUGAAGCAUUAAAGAUUAUUUUCCUUAAAUCUC